AAGCGGCGCUGAGUGAGUGGUUUGGUAGCCGCUGCAGCAGGAGGAAGGACCACAGUUCUACCUCUAUAUCUUUCAGUUUCGCUAUAAAAUUAUUUCAUUGUGUAAAUUUUGAUUACCAUCGGCGGUUUUAUUAUUAGGCCACGGUGUUAUUUGAGAUAUAGUUCGAAAUAUUACCUCCUGGAUAGAAGCAGUAACCGCCAUUUUAAUCGAGUAUAACACGUUUUCGGUGACAGCAGCACUAGCACAACAAUGGCUCUAAAAAGAAUUCACAAGGAGUUAAAUGACUUGGCACGGGACCCACCAGCCCAGUGUUCUGCAGGACCAGUAGGAGAUGACAUGUUUCACUGGCAAGCCACAAUAAUGGGUCCUAAUGACAGUCCUUAUCAGGGUGGGGUAUUCUUCCUGACCAUUCACUUUCCCACAGACUACCCCUUCAAACCGCCAAAGGUUGCGUUUACCACAAGAAUCUACCACCCAAAUAUCAACAGCAACGGCAGCAUCUGUCUCGACAUCCUGCGAUCACAGUGGUCUCCCGCCCUCACCAUCUCCAAAGUUCUCCUGUCAAUCUGCUCUCUGCUGUGUGAUCCAAACCCAGAUGACCCCUUAGUACCUGAGAUUGCACGUAUCUACAAGACGGACAGGGAAAAGUACAACAGAAUAGCUCGGGAAUGGACACAAAAGUAUGCAAUGUAGUGUUGGAGUAGAAUCAUGGCAAAUCACCUCUACAGCUAAAGUUAGGGGAGCUUUGAAAGUAAGGAGAAAACAAAAGUUCAAACGGAUCUUGUUGGUUUCCAUUGGAGUGCUUUCUUUGAGCCAUGCCUCCUCCUUUACCAGAGCACCUGUAAAACUCCCUCUUUCUUGCCCCUUCCUCCCCCAAGGACCAAUCCAACCCCUUUUCCACUCUCCCUUCCCACUAAAACCUGGCAGCCACGGUGUACAUAUUCUCACCCCCUCCUACCCACCCUCAGCCCGUGCUCCCCUACUUAAUUCUGAAUUAUAUUCUUGAUUCAGGCAGAGUUAUUCCCACCCCCCCUUACGUUCCCAUUGGGCCCUGCCUGCACCCUCACUCCAAAUGUUAUUGACUCUAAAAGCAUUCCAUAUCAUCUGUAUAAUUAGGGGACUGUUCUUUUUUCUUUGGGGGGGGGGGUGUGAGGGUUUGUUUUUCACUCUGUACCCUUAUGUUUGGUUUCCUGAUAUCUCUGCUAUAUACGUGACUUCAGGAAAGCUUUUCACAUGUUGAGUCGAGAGCACUCAUGUAUUUUGUAUAAAAUCUAGAAAUAAAUACUUUUAAAAUCAUAGCAGGCUAUAAAAUGAAAAACUGUAUAUGGCCUUUUGGUCUGUUUCUCUUGGAUUAUAUGAAAGGACUUGAAUUUGUCCGCUCUCCCCACUAUGUCCGUAACCAAGAUUUUUCUCUUGCAUACAUGCAUAGAUGCACACAGUCUCAAACAUGCAGACACUCAGCCACAUACUCACGACUGUGCCACACAGACAACCUCUAACCCAUUUUGCCAUGACCCCCAACUUUGAUAGGUCCAUGAACUGGAGGUUGUGGACUAGGUAUUUAAGCAAGUUUUUUUAGUUUAACCUUUUUUGUUAUUUCCCUAUAACUCUUAGGUUGCAUUUUUUGCUAUAUUGUUGAAAUUAGAGGCUAACAUCUUCAGGCUGUGGGACUGGCUUGGGCUCUGGGUGCGAGGACACAAUGCUCCUCACACAAACUCUGUAUAUUGAAUUACCUGAGAGGCUCGUUGAGCUUUGUGUGUUGAUUAAACUGUGUAAUAAAAAUCAUGACUGAA